ACAAGGCGUUUCAACUGCAACUGCCACAGACUGGACGCGUUCUGGCAUAUCGCCAUCAUUUUUCUUCAUAGUGUCUGUUUCUUUCGAUUUGAGUGUCCAGAGGAGUGUCCGAGCCCGGCGCACACACGCUGUGCAGAGGCUUCUCCUGUGUCUUUAACGCAGAGACGGAGGUAAGCAGGCGAGGAGGAGCUCCCACCACACGCUCGUCCGCGUAAGCGGGAGGCUGUUAGACGCACUUGGAUUACCGGGCAGUCAACUGUCACCGCAUCAGACCGGCGUCCUGCUCCACACUCCUCUCCCGCGCGCACCGCAGAUCAUUAAUUCUUCUCAUAAUUAAAAGGUAGACAUGUGGGGAAAGCUGUAGAAGCAUUUGAUUGAUUUUAUAAUGGCUUUUAUAUCCGUGGAUCUGAAAAAAAAAGUUUUUAUUGGCGCUGCGUUAAAUAGGAGCGCAAAAAGCUGGGAGUCAUUCUCGGUGGAAGGACUUCUCUGAGAAAGACGUUUGUGAUUCUCCUCAGCAUCUUAUUGUGUCACUCGGGCUGCAGCCUCAAGUCAGUUGAAGUGAGAGAUCUCCCUGUGAGAGGAAGAUAUGAGGUUAAUGGGCUCCAUUUGGAUCCUUUGGUUUCUCCUGGUGUGCAGGACAGCGGAAGGCACUGACUCAAUCUCAGACCCAUCGCUCAGUCCUCAGCAGAGCAUUGUAGAGGGACAAAGUGUGCAGGCGCUGAGCCAGGGUCAAUACAAAUGUCUCGAGCUGUCCCGCAAAGGCCGCCAAGAAAGCAGAACUGGGGUGCGCUGUGAUUACAUGUGGGAUAGUUUGUUGUGCUGGGAUGAGACACCAGCCGGGACAUCAGUAACACAAAAUUGUCCGCAUCAUCCUCAACUCUACCCGACUGAAAAAAUGACCAAAUAUUGUGAUGAAUCAGGUAACUGGAUCCAGACUGGCUCUACCUGUCAACAAACUUUAAAGGACAAAUUAGAGGAAAUCCCUGAUUUUCAAAGGGAUGCAGCAGCAGAGCCAACCACGGAGGCUCCAGGGGUUAGCACAGAGAAAAUUAUCCUUGACAAUGAAAAGAAAUGCCAAGAGAAAAUGAAGAAUGAUCCACCUUAUAGAAAACCAGGGCGGUAUUGUAGUCGUACCUGGGAUGGGUGGUUGUGUUGGGAUGACACUCCAGCGGACACGUACGCCUCCCGAAACUGCCCUGAUUAUUUCGGUGACUUCGACCCCACAGAAAAGGCAACUAAGUACUGUGGAGCAGAUGGGAAGUGGUUUCAACAUCCAGACAGCAACAGGACUUGGACCAACUAUACGCUCUGUGCAACCACCCAUGAGAAAAGGCAGAGGAAACUGAAGUUGCUUGAGAGUGAAUAUAGAUGUCUCCUCAAAAUAAAACAAGAGCCACCGUCUACAAAAACAGGACUGUACUGCAACCGUGACUGGGAUGGCUGGUUGUGCUGGGACGACACUCCGGCAGGAACCACUGUCUCUCAGAGCUGCCCUGAUUAUUUUUCUGACCUUGACCCCACUGAAAGGGCAUCCAGGUACUGCAGAGAGGAUGGGCAGUGGUUUCGCCACCCAGAGAGCAACAAGACAUGGACCAACUAUACACUCUGUGCCAUCAACACUAAAGACAAGUUAAAGGCAGCCGCCCAGUUUUCCAGGGACACUGAGGUCAACGGUGCCGACGAGGCCACGGUCAGUCCCACGGCUAAUCGGGAGCAGCAGGAAAUAGUGAGGAAAAAAAUCCUCGACAACCAGUACAAAUGCUUCGAGAAAAUGAAUCGAGAUCCGCCUUAUAACAAAUCAGGUUUGUACUGCAGUCGCAACUGGGAUGGCUGGCUGUGCUGGGACGACACUCCAGCGGGAACUUACACUUUCCAAAACUGCCCUAAUUAUUUUCAUGACUUCGACCCUACGGAAAAAGCAACCAAGUAUUGUGGAGAGGACGGGCAGUGGUUUCGUCACCCGGACACCAACAGAACUUGGUCUAACUACACACUCUGCAAUGAAAACACCAAUGCCAAGCUGAAGUCCGCCUACAUCCUGUUUUACAUGGCCAUCGUGGGCCAUGCUUUAUCCAUAGCCUCCCUGCUUAUUUCUCUGGCCAUCUUCUUCUACUUCAGGAGUCUGAGCUGCCAAAGGAUCACCCUCCACAAGAACCUCUUCUGCUCCUUCGUGCUCAAUUCUGCCCUUACUCUCAUCCACCUCAUUGCCGUUGUCAACAAUCCUGAAGUGGUGGCCAGAAAUCCAGUUGGCUGUAAGGUGUUGCAGUUCUUUCACAUGUACAUGUUGGGCUGUAAUUACUUCUGGAUGCUCUGUGAAGGCAUCUACCUGCACACGCUCAUCGUGGUGGCGGUGUUUGCAGAGGAGCAGCACCUGCACUGGUACUACCUCCUGGGCUGGGGUUUUCCUCUAGUGCCUGUAUCCAUCCACGCCGUGGCAAGGAAAAAGUAUUUUGACGACAACUGUUGGAUGAGUGUGGAGACCCAUCUGCUCUACGCCAUCCAUGGCCCUAUAGUGGCAGCACUUCUUGUCAAUCUCUUUUUCCUGCUAAAUAUUAUCAGAGUUUUGGUUACCAAGUUGCGAGAUACGCACCGGGCAGAGUCCAACAUGUACAUGAAGGCAGUGAGAGCCACCCUGAUCCUGGUUCCCCUGCUGGGAAUACAGUUUGUCAUCAUUCCCUGGAGGCCGGAGAACCGGCUGGCUGGUGAAGUCUACGAGUACAUAAUGCACAUACUCAUGCAUUACCAGGGUUUGCUGGUGUCAACCAUAUUCUGCUUCUUCAAUGGGGAGGUGCAGGCAGCUGUGAAGAGACAGUGGAUGCAGUAUAAAACCCAGUGGGGUCAGAGACGAAAGGACCACUGCUCGAUGCGCUCCACGUCCUACACAGCUACCUCCAUCACCGAGGUACCCGCCUUCAUGUACCAUCACGACUGUAACACCGAACACUUGAACGGGCGCCACACGGAGGACUCUGAGCUGGUGGCGCUAAAGUCGGGAGACACGUACGCUUGAGUAACGCCGAGGAUAAAAUGCGUAGCAGUGGAAAAAGCCGAGGACGAGCAACAAAGUAAACGUACAGCAAAAAGAAGAAAAUGAAUUCAGUUCACCUGCCAUAUCUCAGCGAUUAAAUCUCCGGGGCUUGCUCAGCUCAGGAGGAUGAUAGAGGCCUGAAAACAAAAAGCUCAUUGACGUGGAUUAGCUACAAGGCUGACACUUUACUUUACAUUGCUGUUGCAGCUGCUUUUUCAGAACUUUGAUGUUGAGAACUUGUGACGUAAGGAGAGCUGCUUUUGACAUGUGUCAACUUCCUAAAGCUGCUAAACUGCGUGUGCCCGCUCGCAGUGAUGGAGGCUUGCACUAGUGUGGAAAUAACUGUGACUGUGUGAGGGUAGCAAAGUUUUCUUUCUUUUCCUGACGGUGCUGAAGGUGACAGCGAUGAUGUAGAGGUGAAUAAUGACUGCGAUGGUGUUGAUGAUGACUAUCAAAGCGAAGUAGACGAACCAAUCAUUCCUAACCUCACCUAUACCAAAGGGUACUGUUUGGUGGUCACGACCGCGGGGGGGCGUACUAUGUCCAGCUAAGCACAGGUGCCAUAAAGCAAAAGACACGGACGCAAACACACACGCAAACGUCAGCAAACCUCAUCGACCUGAUCAAAUGUGCCAUGAAAGAGGUCAACUUUCAGAAGACCCUCUCUGCUCCAACCUCUGGAAUUGUGUACAUAAUGUAUGUUCACCAUGUUUCAUUUAAAAAAAAAAAGUGUUUUAAAUGUUUUAAAAAGAUUUUUGUUUUCCCCCCACCCACACUUUCUAUCAAUGUUUUAUCCUUGCCGAUUCCCUAGUACGUGCUCAGUAAAUGUCCCGUGAUGCUGCAUCCCUGACUGCUUUGUUGUUAUGCAGUUGCUGUAUUUGUGCCGAUGCUGAAGCUCACAGGGCUGUGACGCAAAAAUGCACACACACGAAAUACUUCAAAGCUAAAAAUAAAACCGUUCUGUUGAGGCCGAAGAGCCACCGGAGUUGAUCCACUGUGUUCUGAGUUAUGAUUCAGUCAGCUCUGCCAAUGAUUCUAAUUUAUCCUCAGCCAUCCUUUGUGAGCUCAUGAUGUCUCUAAUCUGUCACCUGCUCUUAUCUGGGAAAAGAGAAAGGCUCGCUAAAGAUGAAAUCCAAACUGUAUGCGCACACUAAACCUACCGAUGUCUUAAAUGCAUGUUCGCGUCUUUGUCACGGUCUUGCACGAACAUGAUGUUUAAACUCAUCCAUCAGUGGUCCUAAACACGUUCCUAUUACUCCUCUGCCUUUUCUUUAUUAGGCUUGGUUAAGGGUUUGUUGAAACCUUAGUAAAUGCUGUGUCUUGCAUUUAUCUGUGCAAGGUCCUUCAAAUCUGGUCAUUUUUUAAACUGCAUGUCCAAUAAGAGACAUUUCAGUUCCACCAGAUCAAAACAUUUAUAUUUCUAGAGCAUGUAGCCAAUGGCUAUUAAAUCCUCUGGCUGCUCACAUUACUGUGAUUUGUUUUUGCCUCCUUAGCAGCAACUUCUCUUUGCUUACAUUGUCAAAAUGGAAAAGCGUUCCAAGUUGAGCUAAAUUCUUGGUAAAAGGCAUGUAGAAGUACCAUCUUAUAUAAUAAAGCUGGUGAUACUCGGUAUCUUUUGCACUUUUAGUAAGCAGAAAUUCAGCAGUGCGUCAGCGUGAGUUGUUCUCGCUGGCGCUCGUGCUGAUUUCUCCAAAAUAAAGAUGUACAUCUUUUAACAUGUAAACACAUUUACUUAUCUAGUACUUUAAACUAAAGGCUGAGUACUUGGAGGAGGGGGAGACCUCGAACCUUUUUAAAAAAAUAUUACUCAAACAGAGGUUUGCUCAAGAGUUGUCUGCCAUAUUGGACGUGAUACAACCACCGAUUGUGAAGUGUGUGUUCCCCAAGUGCUUAGCAAGUGAUUGGCUGUCACUUGGUGAAAUCGAAUGCAAAGAGGACGCGGCACCAGAACACUUAUGAUUGCUGUGGUGGUGAUCAAACUGUUGUGGUCACCUGUAAAUUUGCAGACUGUCUUGUCUGCAAACACUCACUUUUAAACCACCAACUAGUAGUAAUGUAAUAAGACUUGACAAAGUGGAUGGAGAGCAGAGAAUGUUCCGCUCAGUCAAUUAUCUUUAUUUUUCUGACAAAAACAAGGUGAUAACUAAAUAAAAACUAAUGUACGAGGGCAAAAACUAUGUUGAAACAUGUUGACAUUUUGCCAACGAAUAGAAAUAGAAUAGAAAAAAAAAUCUGAAACGAGAUCCAAUCAAAACUAAUUACAUUUCUUUUCUUCGGGAGGGAGACUAGAUAGUGACGAGGAAGAGAAGCAAAGACUUAUGGACGCUUUUUGUAUUUCAUGUCAAGGAAGAUCAGAUGUUUUGUAAACCGUGUGGAGCAACUCAACAAACUUUUAGACUUUUUAUUUUAGUCCAGCUUAGAUUUAGUCCACUAUAAUCGUAUAACAUUUAGUUAACUACGACUAGACUAAAACUAAAUUAUGUUUUAGUCAAAAGACUGUGACUAAAAUGAAAUCAAAAUUUGAUGUUGAAGGUUGACCUUCAAAGUAAAUGUUAGCGAUCCACCCAACAUGUUUCUGAAGGCUUUUACUGUGAAGGAAAACGGUCUUUGCUGCCAGGUUGUGUCGCACUCUUUGCACUUUCACUGCUGCUCAGAGAGUUGUGAGUGUUUGUGGGCAAGUGAGUGUGUUGCAUGUAACUACAGGCAACCAAAACACAAGUUUGUUGCCAUGGAGUCACUGACCAGGCUGUAGGCCUGUGUCACUGGAGCCUUUAUCACUUGACUCUGCACUGUCAUCAUGUUCGUCGCACGCCUAAGGUGGCAGACAAGUUAAAAUCCCAACCUCAAUACAUGAUGCCUUUGAUCAUUUUAGAGAUUAGUUUCAACUGUGAACAAAGAAUCACUAUUAAUAAUUCUGAAAUCACAAAAAUCAAUUCAAAGGUGUUUAAAAACUAAAUUGGCUACACACAUAUUUAUAUAAUGAGAAAACAUUUUUACUGUCAUUUUAUGUGUACGUGGUGCAUUUGUUGAAUGUGUGCUCAAUUUUUAUUUGCCUUUUCAUUGUCAACUGUCGGGCACCACCUGUGAGAGAUUAGAAUAAGAAAAAGCUCUAAAUAUAUCUAAUCUUCAUAGACAUUGUGAGAUCACUGUCACUAUGGAUAAGAGAUGCUCCACAGGUAUCCAUGCAGAAUAAGUUUGUACAUUCUAAUGAUUGUAAGAAUUGGCUUGUUGAUAUUCAUUAAUCUGUAAGUAUUUGCUUUCUUUAAUCAGAGGAAAAUCAUAUGAAUGCAGACCAUUUAAAAAAAAAAAUUUCAUAGCUAUAUAGGAGAUUUAUCUGAGUACAUCUGAGCACUCACCACUGAGAGCGAAUCACACAGAGUCACUCAUGAAUCAGUUCAGAAAAUCAAAUCAUUUUGAUGAAAUUACUCAAAUCAGGGAUGCCACUAUUUACUAGUUGUAAUGGCGCAGCUUCUCUACAGUACAUAAACCGCACGCUGCACAAGCUGAAUGCAUUCAGUCCCUUUUCAUGGCUUCACCUGUCAAAUCCUCUUACAGCCCCCACCCCUUUGCAUAAAACAGACAUUGGGAUAUGUUUCAUAUUUCAGUGACUUUUAUGUUACCAGCUGGCUGUAAGGAACUAGGAAGGACCGUAGAGAGACAAUCAUGAUGGCAGAAUAGGUUUUACUGAUUCAAAUGUUUUAGUAUGAGAGAAAAAUUAUUUAUUUUAGUAUGAAAUACAUCUUCCUCUUCAUUUUUAUUAUGGUGAUGUUUCCUGGAUCUUGUGCACACUGUAAGACAUAUUAUUAGUGUUGUGGAUUCUGGAUUCUAUAUAUUUUGUAUGUCUGUUCAUGCCCAUGUAAAUACAAGCAAACACUGUGUACAUAAUAGAUUUUUGCACUGUGAAAUUCUAUGAUGAUUAUUUUUGUUACCCCCCUCCCUUCUCAUUUAUUUUUGGCUUGUGUUUGUCUCUUUCUCCUUCUCAGCUUGGACUAGCAUCAUCUCAGAGCUGAUAAAAAAUGUAUUUUGUAAAAGCCA